GCCUCCAUCCCAAAAGCCUAAUUGACUCUCUCAAAAGAAGAAGAAGAAGAAGAAGAUGAAGAUGACGAUGAUGGAGUCUCUGAAAGAAGCAAGAGGCGAGAUUUGCCUUAGACUCUCUGCGAUUCUCGUCCUGGUUUUAACAGCUUGUUUGGUUGCCUUCGAUUCUCAGACCAAGGUCAUUCUAUAUAUCACCAAGAAGGCCACUUACAAUGACUUAGAAGCUCUCAAAAUAUUGGUGUACGUGACUUCUGCUGCUGCAGUUUAUAACUUGCUUCAGAUAUGUAAACACUUCGUCUCGGGUUAUUCUGGAGGAAAAUACAAUGGCUAUCUUCUGUACUUGGCUUGGCUUUGUUUCUUGUUGGAUCAGGUAGGAGUGUAUCUGACGUUCGGGACGAACACAGCGGCGGCGGAGGCGGCGGCGAUAGCGUUGGACGGAGCAAAAGCGAUGAUGUGGAUGAAAGUGUGUGACAAGUACAGGAGAUUCUGCGUUCAAAUAGGAGUGGCUCUGUUGUGUGGCUACGUUGCUUGCAUCGUGAUGACCGUCAUAUCAUGCGUCUCUGCCUACAACUUGUUCAGGCUCUACUCUUCUUCUUCCUUCCUCCGCUUGAAGGCCACACGAUAAAUUAAUUAGCUCUUAGCUUAUGAAGGGCAAGUGAGUGAAAGAGAAAGCUUUUAAUGAUGCUUUAUGUAUAUCUUUAUGAAAAUCUCAAGCAGACUGCACACUUCAAAAUUGUCAACCCACACACACACACACACACACACACACACACACACACACCACACACCACACACACACAUAUAUAUAUAUAUAUAUAUAUUUACCAUGUACAAGUGUCAAGCCGUCAAUGUCCAUAACUGUUCUAAUGGAAACUACACCUACUUUGCUUGGAAGGUGUUUUGAGUUUGAACUUGACAUUGAUAUAUUUGUGUAUGUA